AUGAAGUACGAGAUCAGCGGCAUGCCCAUUGGGGACAUCAUCGAAAUGGUUGCCGCCUUGUUGACCAAGAUCACGACAACCAACGAUCUGCAGCAUGACGCACUGCACAGGAAUGCUGCUCAUCAACAAACUGCAGCUAACCACAACAAUGAUGGUGCUACAAUGAGCCCACUUAGCAGUUCUGUUCUGGCAUUUCACGGAAAGAACGUGCCAGCUAUCACCAUUCUCAGCUACCUGAGUCGCAUUCACAAAUAUUGCCCGACGACUUACGAAGUUUUCUUGAGUCUACUCGUCUACUUUGAUCGCAUGACGGAGCGUUCUACAAUACCUACAUCCGCGACAUAUUUUGUGGUAGAUAGUUUCAACAUCCACAGACUGAUUAUUGCCGGUGUGACAUGUGCAAGCAAAUUCUUCUCGGAUGUCUUCUACACCAACUCGAGAUACGCCAAGGUUGGUGGUCUACCUUUAGCCGAGCUCAAUCACCUCGAAUUGCAGUUUCUUAUCUUGAACGAUUUCCGUCUUGCUGUUCCGGUGGAAGAUCUGGAAGCCUAUGCAACAAUGCUAGUCGAGUUCUAUGCGCGGGAGGUUGUUGCACAGAGGGCGCGUCCUGGCUCUAAUGCAGAAUAG